AUGCGCCGAUGUGAUUUCCGGGAAGGCGUGCAGGCCGUGACCGGCCAGUUAUUUGCGCAAGGACACAUGGCAUGGUUUGUCCCGUUGAUGCUGCUGCUGAGCAUCCCACGUGCCUUCGGAGUCGGGGAUGCUUGCAACAGCAGCGCGGUGACGAGCCUCCCGCCUUUCGUGGACCACAAGACUGUUCGCAAAGGUCAAGGCGAAAUGAUCUGGAGCUUCCCCCCUCCUGCAGAGGAUUUCGCCAUUGUGCUGACGCCGUCGAACAGCUCAGUGAACCCCGACAUGAGGCUCUACAUGGCCUCACCCACGACUGCAUGCCAGCCCAUGUUGAAUUCACAGGAGCUUGGCGCAGACUACAUGCGGCUUGGCAGGAACCUGACGGAGCACUGGAACGUUUCGGUGUACUUCCUCCACGUCACCUGCAGGGAUGAGGAAACGUGCCGGUAUCACUUGGCCUUGUCGAAGUUUGAAGAGUGGGAGGAGAUGGCAGCUGGUGAGCAAAGGUCUGCGAUUGCCUACCAUGGAGUGCCUCUCCAUUUCAAGUUUCGAUGCACCGCGACGUGUGCCAACGCAUCAGAAGCCGGCACUCAGCGGCGGAUAACGUUCAGUGCAUGGCCUCGGGAUGCAUCUUCACUGAGACAUUUGUCGCUUCUGGUCCGCCGUGGCGACUAUCCGACCACAAAUGCUCACGAGCACAUCAAUGCGAGCAGAGGAUGGUUUAGCGGGGAGGUGGUCAGCACAACUGCGAAAGCAGGAACUUACUACGUGACAGUGCUGAAAAGGCACGGUUUGUCGACGCUUCCCUUCGUGAUAUCUGUGUCUUUGCCUACGACGAUCGAGACACUGCAGCUGGGAAAGCCAACUUUUGGAGCUGCUCAGAAGGGCGUCCCAUCCUUCUACAAGUUCUACGUCGCUCGAGCUGAGACUGACAUUGAGGUCUACCUCACCAAGCUGGACGGAGAUCCAGACUGCGCAGUGUCUCACCAACAGGAGAACGAGCGACCGACUCUCAGCAAGUCUCAGUGGCGCUCGGCGAAGGCUGGGGAUGACGAGAUCUCGAUCCCACCGGCUGAUCCAGAACGAAGACGGCACAAGACUGGAUGGUUUCACGUGGGAGUGCACAGCCUGUCCGAGGAUUCGACAUUCUCCAUCAUUGCUUUUGCAGAGAACCACGUUGAGCAAGCAGCUGACACCGAGCAGGGCAAGGAUGGUUACAUGAUCCAGUGGACAGAGCUCUGGAUGGGACUUCCCCAGGCCAUGGCUGCGCAGCCAGGUAGACCUGCCAAUUUCUUGUACUACAGCCAACUGGCAGCUCCCAAGCUCUUUGUGAACAUCGAGGCGAUCGCGGGCAACAAGCCCGAUGUGUGCGUGCAAAACUGCGGUGAAGAUCCGCACAGGUGUCCCUGGAUCUCGAUCUUUGCAUCGGAAACCACGCGAGCGAGUGCCCCGGACACCGCAGUAUCUUUCUGCGGAGAAGGAUCGCUGCGCGGGUAUGCUGGGGAUGAGCAGGUGACGAUCCUGAAGCCUUGCACAAAAUGCUGGUACACGGUGCUCGUGACCAGCGCGCUGAAGCGCAGCAGGUUCAAGAUACAACUGGGAGCUGAAGGAAGAGCGCACCCGCUUGUGGAAGGCGAGUCCUUCAAAGGUCAUGCAGACAGCGGUGAUGAGUGUCCCGUGCUGGCCUACGAUUUGGUUGAGUCCGAAAUCGAGAGCCGCACAGCACCGGAUGCCAGCCUGCAGAUCUCCAUGACACCUAUCUACGGCGAGCCAGUGUUCGACGUGAGAAAGGACUCGGAGGACGGGAAGGUGCUCUUCAACUCGUCUGGAGCCGGCCACGACUCCUGGGAGCUGAAGCUGAGUGCCGACGUUGCCAAGACUGCGGCUGGAAUCUACUACGUCCAGGUGUGUGCAGCAGGACCACAACACGCGCAAUUUCGCAUCACCGUGGCAUGGGACAAGCCUCUGCUGAGGCCCGGCAGUGCGAAGAAGCUUGGUGUUGCCAUGCUGAACGACGGAGAGGUUCAGAUGGGAAGCAUAUCUGCCAAGAAGCAUGAUGUCUACCUCUUUGUUCCGGCUUCGGUGGAGCAGUCUCCAACCAUCAGGGUCUCCGUCACGUCUAUUGGUGGAGGGUGCAAGCUGUAUGUGCUGGCUCCGCAGACAGGAUCUGAGAGCAAAGCGAAAGAAGCCAUGCGCGCAUUCCUCCAAAAUCCUGCUGAAGUGGCAGAUUGGACGACGGCUGAACAAGAUUCCUCCGAGAUCGUCAUUUCACCUUCUGAUGCAAAGUAUGUUGCGCCGACUUCGUCGAACUUGUAUGUGUUCCUGGUGUCUGCAGAGACAGACACAGACUUUGAGAUCGCUGCUUCCACCGGAGGUGUGGAGGAGUUGCUGACUACGGGCCUGCCACUGCGAGGGGAGGUUGCGCGAGGGGAGUAUCGCAGGUACCGGGUUGCCAUUGCCGAGGCUGGCAGACAUCUGUCCAUCCAACUCACCGCCGAGAACGGGGACUGUGACCUUUAUGUUCACAUCGUCCCAGACGUUUCAUCGGAAAGCUUCGUUUUAAGGUCAGAGAAUGUUGGUUCUGACUCCAUCUUUGUCGAUGCCUUUAGCCAGCUCAACCAGAUGCAUUGUGGCGAAAAGAUGAUUCAAACCUACGGUGAGUGCGUGUACUUCGUCGCCAUCAAAGGGAUCUCUUCACGAUCGGCUUACCAGCUUCAAGCCAUCGUUCCUGCAGCUCUACCGCUGCCGUUGACGAUGUCCACCAGCAGGGCAGUGACGCUGCCACCAGGUGGCAUCCAGUAUUUCUACACGCUCGCGGAGUGCACAAGGUCGACUCUGAUUGAGGCGCAGGCUGAGGACGAGAACGGAGGCGAGCUCGCUGAGAGUGCUGUCAAAACAGCAGAGCAUGUAGCAUCGACAAUCAAGUUUGGAUACGGUUCAGUUGUGAAAGCCCACAGCAAGUUGAAGAAACUUGUCGCGAACGAGCCUGAGCACAAGAAAGACUGCAAGUCACCGCGUCUUGAAGUUCUUGGAAAGUGCGCCUGUCCAGCAGGUUUACGAUGGGAUUCUGCCGAGAACUCCUGCCGCACAAAUAGAGGUGCCAUGUAUUUCUACAUGUACAGAGGGCAGAGCGAUCACAACUAUCCCAUGAACAACGUCGACAUGGCCGACUUGGCCGGCGUGAUGUACUACCUACACCACGAGAUUGUAAAGACAAAUGCUACGCCCGGUGUAAGAAUGAAUGGCAUCACGCGAAUCCUCCGUUGGCUGGUUACUGUUCGGCCAUCACAGGAAGUGGAAGAGGGUCGGACGUUCAUGCCCUUUGUGGCCUUUGAUUCUGGCAGGUGUAGUGUCCCAGGUUGCAACCGCCUGUGGGAUCACUAUGGCUUUGCCGUUGGCUGCCAACGACUGUCGCAGGGCACAGAUUUGAAAUAUGCGUAUCAGUCUCCCAACAAUCCCUUUGGUGUGUGGUAUUCCUUGCCCGGUCCUUGCCCGGCAUUACGGGUCGGGGAGAAGGAUGGGCGCUGCAUGGCAACGUACCGGGGAGGAAUGUGUGAGGACCUCGAGGAAUCCCAGCACUGUACGUACACUGUCGAUUUCGCCGGUGAGAUAUUCCUUGACGAGCUAGAGGGCGUCAAGGACUUCGGAAAGUGGCAGUCUGAGGGCAACAGAGAGUAUGAUCCUACGACGGACAGAGGAACGGGCACGUCGUUCUGGAACUUUCGUGAUAGCAAGGCAUGGUGCGAUCGAAGGACAGCUCGAGUUCAAUCACUGUUCAAAAGACGCUAUCCCUUGCUUCCAAGGGAUCUUCCAGCACCAGUGUGCUGA